CACGGCGACGGCGAGAGGCCGAAGCCGGAACGAGGCAGGCCCAGCCUGGCGCGGCCGCCGCCGGAUCCCAGUCGCACGCGACCCGGAUCAUUCCGCUUCCGUUCUACUCCUGGCCUCCGAACCGGUGAACCAGUUCACCACCACCCGCACCAAACCCCACCCAAAUAAUUCCAACCCGCCCCCACUCCCCCCACCAGGCCACCACCAGUCCACCACUGCCGCCGCGCGGCGCGAGCGAGCGAAAGAGAUCGCGCGUGCACACUUGUACCCGCUGCCUGAGCACGACUCCGCCCGCGCCACGCCACCACGCAACGCGACCGAGACAGCCAGCCAGCCAGCAGCGAGGGAGAGUCCCGACCGCCGGCAGCACAGCAGCCGCGGGAGUCAGUCCAACCGAGGCGGCGGCGACGAGGGUGGCGGAGGCGAGCGAGGCGAAUGCGGGCGCCGCGAUCCCGGGACCCGCGCGGCGAUCUGUGACGGCGGCCCGGCGGGCAUGGGCGAGGCGAUGGAUUGCCGCGGCGUCGACCUCUCGGGCGCCGAGAUCCGCGGGGACCUCGAGGGCCGCAACCCGCCCAUCUUUCUCCCGCGCCAGCCUGCCGCGUCCCCGCUCGUCGCCCUCGACAUCGGCGGGACUCUGAUCAAGCUGGUGUACACGGCCAGCUGCGAGGGAGGCGGCUCCGGCGCGGAGCUGCGGUUCGCCAAGUUCGAGAGGCGACGGCUGCAGGAGUGCUUCGACUUCAUCCGGGCAAAGGAGCUACUCGGCUGCAACGGGACAAGGUCAGGCAAAGAAAACGUGCCGCUGAAGGCUACAGGCGGUGGAGCAUAUAAAUUUUCUGAUGAUUUUCGGGAGAAACUUGGUGUUUGUUUGGACAAGCUUGAUGAAAUGGAUAGCGUUGUUUCUGGAGCAAACUUUUUGUUGCAGAAUAUCCCUGGUGCAGCCUUCACACACAUGAAUGGACAGAGGAAUCCAGUAGAUGUUUCUCCAAACAACUUAUUUCCUUACCUACUUGUCAACAUUGGCUCAGGAGUUAGCAUACUGAAGGUCACUGGAAAUAGAAAGUUUGAAAGGGUAACUGGGACACACAUCGGUGGUGGUACCAUGUUUGGUUUAGCGAAACUUUUAACAGGCUGUAAGAGUUAUGACGAAUUCUUGCAAUUAAGCCAGAAAGGGGACAACUUUGUUCUUGAUCUAAUUGUCAAGGAUAUAUGCGGAGAGCUUGUCUGCCAGAAGCAAGGACUUUCAACGUCAACUCUUGCUUCUAGCUUUGGGAAAGUUAUUACUUCCAAAAAAAGGCUGACAGAUUAUAAGCCUGAAGACCUUGCAUCCACAUUGUUGAGCGCCUUUACCUACAACAUUGCACAGAUUGCUUUCCUAGUUGCAUCACUCCUGGGCCUCCGAAGGGUCUUCUUUGGUGGAUCAUAUAUACGUGGGCAUAAAAGCACAAUGGAAAACAUUUCUUUUGCAAUUGAUUUCUGGUCACAGAGUCAAAUGCAAGCAGUAUUCUUGAGACAUGAGGGGUAUUUGGGAGCGCUUGGUGCCCUGAUGAGUUAUGGAGAUCUCAGUGGUGAAAAUCUUACCCUCGAGGAAUCAAAAGAGAAGGAGCCUCAUCACGAGUCAGCAGCACCUGUUGAUGGAAUAUUAUCAGAUGAAGAGAACGAUAGCAAUAUAUUUCCUUACCUUCUUGUUAAUAUCGGAUCAGGUGUCAGCAUGAUAGAGGUAAUUGGUAAGGGGAAGUUUGAAAGAAUUAUAGGAUCCCAUCUAGGUGGCGGUACUAUUCUUGGUCUUGCCAGGCUUUUGACUGGCUGUUCAAGUUAUGAAGAAUUCUUGGAGUUGAGCCAGAGGGGCAAUAAUUUGUCCGUUGAUUUGACUGUUGGAGACAUAUAUGGGGAAGAAGGUUAUCCAAAGAUUGGUCUUCCAGCAUCCACUACUGCGGCUAGCUUUGGAAAAGUGAACUCAAGCAAACUAUCAGAUUACAAAAUAGAGGAUCUUGCUGCUGCUCUAUUGAAUUCUUUCACUUAUAAUAUUGGACAGAUAGCCUACUUUGUGGCUAAUCUUUCAGGCCUAAAGAGAAUUUUCUUCAGAGGUGCUUACGUCUGUGGUCAUGAAAAGACUAUGGACAAGAUCUCUCGAUCCCUAAAAUAUUGCUUGUCGAUGGCGGCCAUGAUGGCAUCAGAAGGAAGAGGAUGGGAGUCACUCAGGUCCAAAGGUGAAGUCCAGACGACAUUUCUAUGUCAUGAAGGGUUCUUGGGAACACUGGGUGCAUUUUGGAGUUACGAGAACAUGGGCAUUGAUAGCUUGGCGGCACAUGAAGUCAUUAGGGAGGUCUUGCUUGGCGCACCAUACACUGGCCAAUUCCCAUCUUUACCUGUCACUGAACAACAGGAGAACGGAGAAAAUAAUACACUUGAAGGGGAAAUUGAAAGCUUACGGAAUAGCAACGCAGCGCUUAAGGCUGAGGUUGAGCGAUUACAGAGUGAGAACGCAGAGUUGAGAGCUAAGCUGCGAGGUGCAACCUUGUGAACAAAUAAAACGCCAGCCUCGGUUUGUUGUAACCUAUAACAGUUUAGAAAAUGGCUAAAAAUUGUAACUCGUAUAGGAAGACUACAGUCUGGCAAAAAAGAAAUGUCACUUAGCAUUGCUCAUCUAGUGAGCCUGUGUUGUAUAAUUAUUCUUAUUCUUUACAAGAGCCUCUGUAUUUGCUCCCUUCAUAUAGCCUUGUUCCUGUGUGUAUAAAUGUUGUAUAAGUAGUUAUCAAAACUAGUAAUUAUCCGGUCUUGUCAGAAUAGUAUCUGUUUUCCCAUUUUCUUCGGAAUAAAACAAUCAGUUUCAGGUG